GAACCCGGGCUGCGCGCGCGCCUAGCCGACCGCGCGGACAGCCUCGCUUCCGCCGGGCACCUGUGCGGCGCCCUGAACGAAGUCCGCCGAGGCCAGGACGCCGACGCCGCGCGAGGAAGCCGAGCUCUCCGGCUGAGAGAGCCCGGACGGCUAGUUUCGCGGCGUGGCUUCUCUGCCCUUGGCCAGCCAACCUGACUUGUGAUUCUUGGUAGGACGAAGAUGCAAGCCAGCCCCAUCCACAUUCCAACUGUCAGCAAUGACACCGACUGGGAUUUCUGCUUCCACCGGUCUCAGCAAGCCGAGAUCCCAGCAUACCAGCGAAGAGAAGAAUUGUGUUCCUCUAGUGGGUCUGGAGAGAGUGAAGAAGACACUACAGCCAAGGAGGAGAAGACCAUAGGCUGCAUGUCUCUUCCUAAAGAGAAAUUGGCCCAAUCCCGGAAGAAAAUAGCUCAGCUGAUUAAGAAAAAAAUGAAUACCCAAGCAAACAAGGAGCUGAUUCGCUGUGUCAUCCUUUCUCGCAUUAUUUUUGGGGAAGAACACUGGAAAUGUGCACAGGCUGUGGCCAGCCUGGCUUACGGCUACCUGACACUGAGAGGCCUCCCGGCUCAGGCCAAGAAACAUGCCGAGUCGGCCAAGAACACGCUGCUGACCUGGAAGGGAAGAAGGACCUCAAACAAAGAGAAGAAGGAAAUCCUGGAAGCCCUGGUCAUGCUGUACUACACCCUGGGGGUGGCCUGGCUCCUACAGAACUGUGGCAGAGAGGCUUAUUUCAACCUGCAGAAGGCAGAGAGAAACAUGAAGGAGCUGAAAGAAUUAUUUAAGGGAGGUGUUCGCAAAUCCCAAGUCUCGGAGAAAGACCUGACCAUUGCUUUGGGCAGGGCCUCCUUGGCUAUCCACAGAUUGAACCUUGCUCUGGCAUACUUUGAAAAGGCAAUUGGCGAUGUUAUUGCUGCUAAGGGUGAUAGGACUUUGGAUCUGGUCAGUCUAUAUGAGGAAAUUGCUCAGAUUGAGCAGCUGAGAAGGAACCAUGAUCGGGCCAUCCAGUACUUGCAUCAGAUGAGAACCGUCUUGUGGCUUCAGGCCUAUUCUAUCUGUGUUUCUUUGUUCACCGAAGUCAGCCCCCAAACUGCAGAGGCAAGCGCAUUACUAGCCAAGGCUCAUGCCAUGUCUGGAGAGGCCCAACACAGGGAUGCCGUUGAGAUAUAUUUUAUAAAAAGUAUCAAUGCGUAUCAAGCAACAUUGGGCCCAACGGAUUAUGAAACACUGACAACCAUUGAAGAAUUCUGCAAAUGGCUUGUCCAAAACGGGGAAAAACAGGAGGCUUACAGACUGCUAAAGGCCACCCUGAGGUCUCAGGUCAUCAGCUAUGGUGACUGUAGUGAAAAGGUGGCUGAAACUUUUUACAACAUGGGCAGGAUCUGCUUUGCCAAAGGAGAGCUCAGGAAGGCAAUUCAGCUGUUAAGGAAGUGUCUGAUGAUUCAAAUCCUUUUAUACGGAAGUGAGCACAGUAAAAGCAGAGACACAAGAGACCUCCUUAACCUAUUGCAGAGGUCUUCUGUUAUCAGUAAAGAGAAAACCUCUAUAUAAGAUAGCCAACAAUAAAGCCAACCUGUUGAUAACAAAAAUUCUGGAUCACAAGAUAGAUUUAUCGACACUGAUAGCAAUGGCAGAUCAAAGGCAGAAUUAAGGACUGUAAAGAAAAAAAAAAAAAGGUCUACUGAGCAGCACCAUUACAGGUAAAAUACCCAGGGGCCAUUAGAAAGCAGGAUCCUGAUUGGUAACUUGGGGUGGAGAGGGGGGUCAGAAAUCUUUUUUUAGACCGACGCUUUUAGUUUUUUAGUGACUGGGACUCCAAUACCUUUCUUAUUUCCCUUUUAUAACUCUAAUUUUUUUCAGUUCUGGUAUUUAAAGAAGAUUCUGCAAUAUCUAAGUAGUUUAUUGGUGACUUUUAAUAUACUAUUUGGAAGUACUUUUAAUCAUAUCCUGUUUCAGGUCACUAAAACUGCCUUGUGAAGAAACACAUUUGAUCUUCUGAAAACAUUUGCCCUGGUCUCAUGCCAUCUUAAGGGUCAGAGAGGGCUUUUUGAUUCUUAUUAUAAAUGAAGAAACAAGGGACAAGAGAGACUGAUUUGUUCAAGGUCAGCCUGGCGAUUAUAAAGCUGACUUCCUGAAUCCUGGAUGAUUAUACCUUCUAUCCCACUAGGCUGCCCCCAACCCAAAUUGGAUUAAGGAGGCUUGUUUUAGGGAAGGAAUGUUCACCAAGGUUUAAAAAAAAAAAAAAAAAUCCUUACCCCCUGAACAAAUGUGUAUCUAGGAAAAGAAAUUGGCAAUCUCAAAUUAAAUUCCUUACUGUCUUCUUCAGGUACUCAGGGAGAAAAAUCAGAUCCCUGUGAGUUUACAAUAUAAGAAACUUUUAUUUUCCAUUUUCAUCGAUUCUCAGUUAGGUUAGCAGAUUUAAUGGAGCUCAAAGACUGUCUUUCGGAUCCAAGUGUCUUCUAACAACAUCUCUACUUCACUCAGUGCUUAUAAGAAUUGGUUCUUCAUUCAAAAAAUUAUUUUUUUUAUCUCAGUCCUUUGUUCAGUCUGUAAAACCUAAUGAUCGAGUACCCAAGCAAUGUAUAGUGGUGAGUAGUGUGCUGCUUUGGCCUAAGUACAUAAUACCAGUUAAUCCAAUGGCUUGUCUACAGGCUGGUAGUCUCCCUCCUGCAGCUGUGUCCUCCCCUUGCUAAUUCCCAGAGAACUUUCAGUUUGGCACUCAGGGCUAAGGUCUCAGAUUGCAGCCCUGCCUGAAGGCAGCUGUAUCCCACUGACCUUUACUGCAGUGCUUGUGAACUGGUCACCCAGUCUCUGUCCUUGCUAAUUUUAGCCCUGUCUGGAGAUGGGCCUGCUGUUCUUACCCAGAAUAUUCUGAAUUGACUAAAGUAGCCUCAGAAGAGUCGCUUCCAUUUUCAUAUAUCCAGAUGAAAAUGGGUUUUCAACAAUGACUGUGAUAAAAAACAAAAGUACUAGACAGAAGUGGCCACUUGGACUCCAUUUUGCAUAACACUAAAAAUUAUUUUGGGAGACCCCAAACGUCUUAAGAUCUCCAGACUGACAAACCUGUAUCAAUAAAACAAUAGCAUAAAGUGUAACAUUGCAAAAUGUUAUGGUGUGAUCCUGUUUUUGCAUUUGAAAUUAGUUUUAAACACUUAAAUAUUCCCAGUGUUGUCAGUGUAAAGUUGCUAGUAGUCCAUUUUGUGAAAUUUUGAUGUUAAAUUGUUUAAUGAAACGGUGGUGAUAAUGAAUGGUGGCUAUGGUUUAAAUAUCCUCAUACCUCAGAAAAUAUUAAGUUGUUACUUAUGUCGGUUCUAAAAGUUUUCAAAUUUUAGUAUUUUGUGAAAUCCCCAAGUUUUAAGAAACCACCUUGGAAAUAGUCAACUCAGUAAAACUGAAUAUAAAC